UGUUGCAGCUAUCCGGACGUCAGUAUUCAUCCGGAGUUUGAGAAUGAACUCUUGGGGAACUAAGGGUCGGAGGACGGGAGCAGCAGCAGCUAGGGGUAAUCAGAAUCCACCCCAGGCUCCAGCUGAAGGAGUGGCCAUGCCAGUUAACCCAGCUGCGUUGACUGAUGCGGAGGUGAGGGCAUCUCUAGCCCAGAUGGCACAGGCCAUCACGAUGCAGGCCCAAGCUAUGACUGCCCAAGUCAACCGGCAGGAUGUUCUGAGGGAAAACCCACCGGUUCGCAGCAUAGCUGACAGACUGCGAGACUUCACGAGGAUGAAUCCUCCAAUUUUCACAGGGGCUAAGACUUCAGAAGAUCCCCAGGAAUUUAUAGACGAGUUGCAUAAGAUACUGGUGGCCAUGGGGGCCACUGAUAUUGAGAAGGCUGAGUUGGCUUCCUACCAGCUCAAAGAUGUUGCACAGACUUGGUGCAAAAUGUGGCGAGAUAGCCGUGUCCUAGGAGGGGUGCCAGUCACCUGGGAGCUGUUCAAGACAGCAUUUUUGGAAAGGUUCUUCCCUAGAGAGAUGAAAGAGGCCAAGGUUGAGGAGUUCAUCAACCUCAAGCAAGGAUCCAUGACUGUCAGGGAGUAUUCCCUGAAGUUUGUGAAGUUAUCUAGGUAUGCUACUCCCUUGGUUUCUACCAGCAGGGAGGAGAUGAGCAGAUUCCUCACAGGAAUCAAUGGAGACCUGGAGGAGGAUUGUCGGGCUGCGAUGCUCCAUGAUGAUAUGGACCUUUCUAGAUUAAUGAUGCAUGUCCAGCAGGUAGAGGACAGCCGAAAGAGGAGAGGUGUACGUGAUGUUAGGAGGCCUAGGCCUCAAGAUCAGGCAGGUCCCAGCCAUGGAGGCCAUAGAAACAAUUUUGGCGUCCGCGAGCAGCCCAAAUUCAAGAAGGGGCAACAGAGUGCUGGAAAUUCUGACCCUCAGAGAAAUACAACGCCUAGAGGAGGCAGACCCGAACCCAAGAGGGGCAAUGGAGGUGAGAUGCAGCGUCCAAGGAAGACUUGUACUAAGUGUGGCCGAAUGCACCUUGGAGAAUGUAGACAGGGCACUAAUGCCUGUUUCGGUUGUGGUAAGAGUGGACACAUGGUCAUAGACUGUCCCCAGAACAGAGGUCAGGCUGGGGGUAAUGCUCAGCCUAGGCCUACCCCACAUAAUGCAGCAGCAGCCGAGCCUCCGAAGAGGAACAGAUUUUAUGCCUUGAAAGGUAGGGAGGAGCAGGAGAAGUCCGCUGAUGUGGUCACAGGUGCAGGCACAGGUGGACGCUAGAGCUACAGGUUCGUUGUUGCAGCUAUCCG